GAAUUGCCGUAGCCUGUGGGUUGGAUCCCUGCCAGAUUUUUGUCAAACACAGCCUUUCAAUUCUCAUAGAAAACACAGUACAGAAAAAUUCACCCCUUCCGAGGAUCUGUUGUAACAAAGAAAUAGAGUAUCUACCCCGUAAGCGUAAGGACACGGUAUACGCUCUACAGAAACAUAGAGAAAGAAUCCAAAAACAGACUUGUAGAGAGAGAAUGAAAGUAGGGAAAAAGAAACUCAGUACGGAGUCCGUGCAACCUCUUCUGCCGUCACCUUCUAACCACACCGCCACCAUGAAUGGCGACGAUGGUGAAGGAGGUGCGGCGGAGGUGCAACCAGAGGAAACUGAGCAUUUUGAAGAUACAGAGUGGACUUUGGAAGAAGAAAAUGAUGGAGAUGAAGAUGAAGACUCCGAGACUGAAAAGGACUACGACCACUUCGAAAACCUGCAAAUCGAAGAGACUGAGGCGGGGGCUGAAGCUGAGGCCGAGCGCUUGAAGCUUGCUGAUGGGUAUUAUGAGAUCGAGGCCGUUCGCAGAAAGCGAGUCCGAAAGGGCCAAGUGCAGUACCUCAUAAAAUGGCGAGGCUGGCCAGAGGCCGAGAAUACAUGGGAGCCUCUAAAGAAUCUAUUGCAAUGUUCCGAUGUUGUUGAUGCUUUUGAAGAGAGUUUGAUAACAGGUAGAAGUAGGUCGGCACGUGGGCGAAAGCGCAAACACGGGAUCACUCAUGCUCAGGUGAAGAAAAAACAGCAGCAGCAACCUCUUGUAGAUGUUACGUCUAAUUUGCCCUCGCACAGGGUCAGGAUUGUGGAGGACCCUACGUACUAUCCUCAGCUGAAUAACUUAAAUGUUCGGAGUGGCAAAGGGAAAACUGAUGUCAGCAGUGUGAAUGGAUUUGAGAUGUGCAAGAAUGUGAAUGAGCAUGCUGUUAAGAUGGUGUCUGCUACAAGGGGAGAAAGUAAUGAGCAAAAUGAGUUGAAUCUGAAGCUUUGUGAACUAAAGGAAUCAAUUAUGGUUAGUGAAGAGAUUGCAAAUAAGUUUAGUGUACAUCCUUCCCAAGAAGGCUUAGUUACAGGAGGAAAUGUCUUUGCGAAUGGAUUGCCAAAAUCUGAUGGUGUCGAUCCAGUUCAAUCUGGCCGCUGCAUUGGAGCUAAAAAGAGGAAAUCUUUUCCAGUCAAGAGGUUCAAACAAGAUUUAGCAUUAUGCAGCAUGGACGAUACACAAAAUGCAAUUUCUGCUUGUGUUAUGGCAGAACAGAAAAAUUUUCAAACUCGUGCUUUUAUGGGGAAUGAUCGGGAUUGCAAGAAUAAAUCUGACAACUCCAAAGAAAUGUGCAACAUCACUCAGAUCAUUAAGCCUAUAAGCUAUAGCACUUCCACAACAAGCAAUGAUGAAGAAGUCUCAUUAACCUUUGAGGCUCUGAGGUCUGAUGGAACUAAAGUGAUGGUGGAUAACAAAUUCUUGAAGGCCAACAAUCCUAUACUUUUAAUAAACUUCUACGAGAAACACCUUCGGUAUAGUCCCACCUGAUAAGUGGGUCGACGUCUGGAAGAUGGAUGCUACAUCGUCAUGCCAUCUUCCAUUUUCAUCAUGUAUAGAUUGUUGUAAUUUUGUAGCUAAGGUCAAAGUACGCGGUAAGUACUGAUAUGUUAUAUGGGGAGGCUUGCUGAGAAACAAUGUGUAGCUCAACUUUACCUUUUGUGGCUUGUGUGAUGAGAUGGUUUUGUACAGUAUUGGACAGUAUUUAAGGAAGAAAAAAAGCUAGAGAUGUUGUAUGUUGUACUGUUUGUCAUGUGUGUCCAAUACUGCGUAUCAAAUAUGCCUCGUGUUAAUCACAUUUACUUUUAUGCAGA